AUGGUCGACCAGCAAGGUCACGUGGACCAUCAAGAAAGCUGGAAUUUUAUAAGAUGUCACCGUUGUCCACACCUGCCCACCAGGCCCUAUGAGAAGAAUGGGAAGCCAUGCAUGCUGUCAGAGUACAUGGAGCGGUACCCCCUUUAUCCCAACGCCGUUCCCAGAGGCUCACUUAAGCCAAAGAAUGUGUACCAGAUGGCGCAGAUACCCAUGGAAGGCGUCUCGACUACAAAGAGAGAUUACAUAGCCCAUGAAGUGUUGCCACAGAAACGUAAACUACCUGAAAAGCAUGUCAAGAGUGACAAGACUAUGGAUUUGACCUCCACUUAUAUGCAAGAUUAUAACUCCUACCCUAUCUCUCAAGUACCUCCAUGCCUUCCCUGCAUGUCGAUACACAUCCCCAGCGCCAAGAUGAGUAAAAGAACAACUUACAAAGAUGACUACGUGCUAUGGAAUGAACCAAAGACACAGCUGAUCAGACCAAAUGACAGGUUUCACCCAUCAGAAGAAAAAUUUGACUACAGAACUGUUGCCCAGGAUGACUAUCUCUACAAAGGGCCAGUUGCGACUCAAAGCUUCAAACCUCUGAAUCUGGGUCAGAAAACCAAGACUCCUUUUGAGAAUACAACCAGUUAUAGAGUGAAUUACGUGCCACAUCCUCUGGAGAAACGUUAUGUCCAUAAAAAUGAGGAAUACAAGGGCAAUGAGGUCCCAUUUGAUGACCUCACUACCCACAAAGUUUCUUACAAGGGGCUGGCUGGUCAGCCCGCCAAGCUUGCAAAACCAUGCCAGCCGAGGACUCCCUACAAUCAUCCGUUUUUCUCUAUAACUGAGUUUCAGGAAAAAUACCAAGCUUGGCCACAACCACCUUUAUUCAUCAAAAAACCUGAUGUGUAUCUUCCUCCUCUGGAGAAAAUGGACCUUCACACCACUACUCAGACAGAUUACAAGCACCGAAAUGGUACACCAGCCAAGAUGUGUCGACCUUUGUCCCAGCUUAGAAAAAGUAUUGAGCCAUUCAAUAGCUCUUCCGUAAUGAAAGAAGACUAUAAACCUUGGCUGUGCAAGAGACUGAAACCUAUCAUUCAUGCUCCGGAGCUGAGUUUCCCAGCAAAACCAAUGGAUUGCUUGACUACUUUUCAGACCCAUUAUGUACCUCAUCCACUCACAGUUACAAAGAGCUGUAAACCUGGGUGGUCAGGCCCAAAGCAUCACACUCCGCUAGAUGCUAAAACGACGUACGCUACUAGCUACAUACCAAAGGGAAUUGUUAGAUGCCUGGCAUCUUACAAAAACCCACCUGGUUACAUCUUUGUAGGAACUGAUGCUGAUGGUCACAGCUUCUAUCGCCCAGCUUCCAAGAGUGAGUGCCUGCAAGGCAGAUACUGA